AUGGAGCGCCGUUGGGUUCCUCCGCCGCCGCCGCUGCUGCUGCUGCUGCUGCUGCUGCUGCUGAGCCUGCCGGAGCCCGGGCGCGGCUCCCCGGAGCUGGAGCUGGGGGGAAAGCACGUGUGCGCGGCGGAAGAUAGUCUGCCGCCCGCCCUCGUCUGCUGCCCGGGAUGGAAGCAAGUGGGGCCCGAGUGCCCGCUGGCCCUCUGCUUGGGCGCCGACGCCUGCCAGGAGCGGGAGAUCUGCGUUCGCCCGGCUGUCUGCCGCUGCCGCCCGGGCUUCUUCGGGGCCAACUGCAGCGCCCGGUGUCCGGAGCAGUUCUGGGGUCCAGACUGCAAGCAGAAUUGCCGCUGCCACCCCCAGGGCAGGUGCCAUCCAUCCAGCGGAGAGUGCAGCUGCCACCAGGGCUGGUGGGGGCCGCUCUGCCAGUCGGCCUGCCUGUGUGGGCAGCGAGGCCACUGCCACCCCAUCACAGGCAGCUGCCGGUGUGAUCCAGGCUGGUGGGCCCCUGACUGUCGAAGGCAGUGCCAGUGCAAUCUCUCGGGCUCCCACUGUGACCCGGCCACUGGCCGCUGCCUCUGCCGUCGAGGCUGGUGGGGCAGGCGAUGUGCCUCUCUCUGCAGCUGCAGCGGAUCGCCUUGCGCCCAGGAGUCCGGCCGAUGCGAAUGUAUGGCAGGAAGGUGGGGGGUGGCCUGCCAGCACUUUUGCCAGUGUGUGCACGGCCUGUGCUCCCCUCAGGAUGGACGCUGCACCUGUGACGCUGGCUUCAGGGGCCCCACCUGCACAGAGCCCUGCCCUGAGGGGACCUAUGGACCCCAGUGUGCCCAUAGCUGCGGCCACUGCAGGAACCGAGAGCCCUGCUCCCCCACGGAGGGGGCCUGCCUGGCCUGCGACCCCGGCUGGAACGGGACCCACUGCAGGCAGCCGUGUCCUUCGGGGCUGUAUGGAGAGAACUGCACCCAGCUGUGCCCCCGCCACUGUCUCCAAGGAGAGGCUUGCCAACCGCAGACAGGACGAUGCCGGAACUGCGAGGCAGGAUUCAUGGGGGCCAGGUGUGAGGCCCCCUGUCCCCCCGGCUCCUUCGGAGAGGGCUGCCAGUCCUCUUGCCCCGACUGCUUCCACGGGAGCUGUGAUCCUGCCUCUGGGACCUGCCUCUGCCAGCCUGGCUUCUGGGGAAGCAGCUGCAACCAGACGUGCCCGGAAGCCUUCCAUGGCCCCAACUGCUCUGCGGCCUGCCCCUGUGCAGGGGGACGGUGCCACCCUGUCUCCGGAGACUGCCCCUGGGAGGUCCAAGGCCAGGGGGCCCUCCUCGCAGGCAUCCUGGGGCCCCUUCUGCUCCUGCUGGGCCUCUGCUGCUGCUGCUGCUGCUGCCGCCACCGCCGCCAUCCCUGCCGUGCGGCAGCCUCUGCAUUCAGGGCACCAGGGGCCGAGCAGGAUCUCUUCCUUCCAGCGAAGCACCGCCUAAUGGCCAGGCUGCCCAGCCUCCCUUCCAGCUUGCCCUGCUUCUCACCAGGGGGCUCAAAGCUUCCACGGGUGAUAGUCGCCCACCGAGACCCAGAGGUCCCCUUCAACCCCAGUUUCAUCGAACAAACGUCCGCGGCCUGGCCCUCGGACGGCUCCUUUGGCUCCUCCUCCUCCGAGGGAGUCAAUGAAGAAACGGGGGGCCGCGAAGGGCCUCAGUCUGCUCUCCCUCCCAGUGAAGGUAGGAGUGUGAGUGGGGGGAGAGGCAGGGUCCCCUCCCCAGUAACCCCACAUCAAUCUUGCCAUCACCGCUUGCCCAGAGCAAAGCAGUUUUAGCAAUCCCCGAGUGUCCCACUCAGGUUUCGCUGCCGACCCCUUGGG